AUGCACACAGAACAGAUUCACAAAAGGAAAAUGAAAAGAGGGAACCUUGUAAAAAGUACAAAGAAUAGUGCAACAACACAAGGAGACUCCAGAUCUUGGAGCAUUGUAAAUCAAAGACAAAGAGCUACCACAAACAAGCAGACAGGAAAGAAAGAAAAGAUUGAAUGCCAGGGAGGAGUUUAUGUCUUGGAAUCAGAAAAGGCAUGGAGUACGCAGAAUGUAAUAAGAAAAUGGGUGGACCUUAUGCUGCCACUUGUUUUAAGAGGAAGUCAACGAGGUCUCCUCAUUUGGGACUCUGCAAGCACUCAUCGUGCAAAGGAUAUGAAAAACUUCUUGGCAGAAAGAAGGGUUGAUCAGGUUAUGAUCCCAGCAGGGAUGACUGCUUACCUCCAGACCUUGGACAUUGCAAUAAACAAGCCUUUCAAGGAUUACCUCAGACUUGAAAUCAAUGAUUAUAUUGAGAAUAGGAUGUCAAGGAACAAAAAUAACAACUUCGUGAAGCCUAAUCUGCAGGAGGUAGUCUCUUGGGUAAGGAAUGCAUGGGGCAAAGUCACUGAUAGCUGUGUUGCAAAGGCUCUGAAAGCAGGGUACUUGGACAAAACAUCGCCAUUUGAAGCGAGCUACAUCGCAAAACAAGAUAGAUUGGGACCUAUGAUACUGAAGGAGCUGGAGUCAAAUGAAAUCUUGGCUGGAAUUCAAGGUCUUGAUCUGGAAGAAAAUGAUGAUAUCCCAGAAGAUGAUGAUCUUAUUGUAUUUGAAUAA